AUGUCUGCCAGUCCAUCUCCUUCUGCCGGUGGAGACACCAAGCAGGCUGAUCAGAUUCAUUUCAAAUUCUGCCGCGAGUGUUCCAACUUGUUAUAUCCCAAGGAGGACCGGGCCACCAACCAACUUAUGUUCACCUGCCGCACUUGCCACGUCGGUGAACCCGCCAGCUCUUUUUGCGUUUACCAAAAUAAGUUACACAGCCAGGUCGGCGACACCGCUGGAGUCACGCAGGAUGUGGGCUCUGAUCCCACGGUUUGUCUCUCCGAAUAUUUCUCCGUUCCCGGAUUCUUUCUCUCUAUCCCGGGCUUUUGCUCUCUCUGUGGUGAUGAAAUCACCUGCUCCAUCUGCGGCGAGAUUCCCGACAAGGCUCACUCCGAAGUUGAGGGUCCAGCGAACAAAUUGUGCCCUAGCUGUGGUGAGAAUGAGGCGGUCUUCUUCCAGUCACAACAACGAUCUGCGGAGACUGGAAUGAAACUUUACUACGUGUGCUGUGCGUGCGGCAAUGUCUCCAUGUAA